CCAUCGUACUAUAUAAUGGUCUAUAAGAACCCUAAUUCUGUGUUGCAGUCGAAGAAGGAAAAGAUGACGACUGUUCCAGGGCAAUUGGUGUGGGAGAUCGUGAAGAAGAACAACUGCUUCUUGGUGAAAGAGUUUGGAAGGGGCACUCAGAGUGUUGAAUUCAGCAGAGAGCCUAACAAUCUCUACAAUCUCAACUCCUUUAAAUACUCAGGUUUGGCAAACAAGAAAACUGUUACCAUUCAGCCUGCUGGUAAGGAUCAGGGUGUGUUGUUGGCUACAACCAAGACCAAGAAGCAGAACAAGCCUUCUGCUCUUCUUCACAAGUCUCUGAUGAAGAAGGAGUUCAGUAGGAUGGCUAAGGCUGUUCAAAAUCAGGUGUCAAAAAACCACUACAGGCCUGAUCUCACUAAUGCAGCUCUUGCAAGGUUGAGUGCCGUCAAUAGAAGCAUCAGAGUUGCCAAGUCUGGUGUCAAGAAGAGGAACAGACAGGGCUUGAAGAUCCGUGGCAGGAAGUGGAAGUGAAUCAAGAUGUUUUGCAUUACACCCUAGUUUGUGUUUCCUUUCUAUUUUAGUGUUUGUAGAACUCUUUCAGAUUUUGAGUUGUUUUUGAAACACAUUUAUAUGAAACUGGAACUCAUGCUAUAGCUUCCAAUCUUUUCUUUUUCUCA